CAUAUAGUAAAUUAAGUGAAUGAACGCUAUAUUCCAGUGAUUUAAUCAUUUAAUAGCACUUCAAAUGAAUCGUUGUUUAUAUUAUUAUAACUUUUAUGUUUAGUUUGCAAUCAUUUGACUAUUAAUAACAUUAUUAAAUGAUUGAAGAUAUUAUAAUCAGGUCCUAAAAUAUCAAUUGAUAUCUUGUAUUACAAGUGUUUAUCAUCUAAUGUAGUGAUUGUUAUGUUUGUUAUGUUUGUUGUAAUACUAUAUUAUUAUUAGACAUAAUGAGUGAUAUGUUGAGGUCUGCCUUCAAUAACUUGAGUUCUAAUGUCUGGUCCAAUGAUCACAAUAGCGAUUCCAGUUAUUCAGACAAUCCAUUUGUUGGCCAAACCAUUGACUUAAAUGCCAACAAAUAUCGCGUCGAAAGAGUUAUUGCCGAAGGUGGAUUUGGUUUUGUCUUUAGAGUGAUUGAUAUCAAGAGUUCAGCUGUUUAUGCAUUGAAACGAUUGAUUGCAUCGGACAGCGAAAGCAAGAAAGAGAUUGAAAAUGAGAUCCAAGUCUUGACACGUCUUCAGCCACACAACCAUAUUAUGUCAUUCAUUAGUUGGGGAAAAAUUAAUCAAAAUAUUUAUCUACUUUUAUGUGAAUAUUGUGGCUGCGGUUCAUUAAAAGACAUAACACUACCAAUUGGUAACCACUCUUUAUUAAACAGAAUUGCUUACCAGACAUGUCUGGCCAUUGAAAGGAUGCACUCAUUAGGGAUAACACAUCGGGACUUGAAAAUUGAAAAUAUUUUGUUUGAUAACAAUGGGAUCAUUAAGUUAUGUGACUUCGGUUCGGCCACAACUGACUCAUUUUUACCGGAUCUAAAUUGGACACCAAUUCAAAGAUCACUUCUUGAAGAUGAAAUGUCUCGUCACACGACUCCAAUGUAUAGACCUCCAGAAAUUUUAGAUACUUAUCUUCAUUUACCGAUUAACACAGCUAUUGACAUUUGGGCUUUUGGUUGUCUACUGUUUUGUCUUAAAUUUGGAAGACAUCCCUUUGAAGAUUCAGCAAAAUUGCGAAUAAUUAAUUGCAAAUAUAGUUUUCCUAACAAUACUUCUGAUUCUGAUCUUAUUGUUAGGAUUAUUAAAAUGUGUAUUAGAAUUGAUCCAAACGAAAGAACAAAUGCUACGGAUAUAAUUGGAUUAAUAGAAGAAGAUUGUGUAGAUUUGAACUCUCCGUGUGUUAAUCCUCGUCAACCAACGCCUACACAACCGAUAAAAUCAGAUGUUACUCAUGAUAUGAAUAAACCUUUACCACAAAUCCCUGGAUCAGCACAGCCUUCAUUUAGUUUCUCGGGUUUUACACGUUAUAUUAAGGACACGUCUAAUAAAGUGAUGCAAACCGUUCAAAAUUCAAUUGCGCGGCAAGAAUUAGAUUUGGAAACAAAUCGUUGUCCAAAACCCAUUGUCAAACCUCAAAGACCUCCCCCACCAAAGGAUAUUAAAGUUGAAACUAAAUCUGAAGAAAUAACUGAAAGGGAAACAGAUAUCGACAAUAAAAUUGAAAGCAAUGACUCACAAAACAUACCAAAGAAUAACUUUUUUGAGACAAUUAAUUGGGAAGAAAGUAAUGAUAAAGUAUUAGAAAAUGAAGACAUUGUUUCUAUUGCUGAAAAUGACAAACCAAACAAACCAGCUUUGAAUGAUCUACUUUUGAAUCUCAGUAUUGAUGAGACCACUACUCACUCUUUAAAUCCAAUUAGUGAUACAAAUGAUUUACCCAAUGAUUUGUUUGCUAUAAAAACAUCGAAAUCAAAUUUGAAUGACCAGAAUAUAAAGAUUGACAAUUAUAAUACUAAAUUAAAUACUAAUUUGUUACCCGAUGUUGAUUUUUUUUCUGAGAGUACAAGUCCUCCAACGGCACCGUUAUGUUUUGAUCCGAACAAUGUAUUGAAACCAAACGUUACAUUAUCUCCAACUUCUGUGCCGACACUAAACAAUAUGACAACUGGAUUACAAAGGAACACAUCGACGCCAAACUUGAAUUUGGAUCCAUUGGCACAAUUAGAUUCAUUUGUAACAACAAAGGUCACAAACCUAACUAAGCCAAACACACCAUCCAUACCAAGAGUUAAUUCCUAUACAUCAUUCCAAUCGACUGCUCCUUUAAAACCCGAUUACAAUAGAAAUAAUUUUGUCGAAAUUACAGGUAAUAAGACUUCCAAUAAUAAUAAUAAUAAUGCAAAAGUUUUGGGCAACGAAUUUGAAGAUCUUUUAGGAGGUUUUAAACCAUUACAAAACGAUACAAAUAAAACAAUUUCUCAAUUGAGAAAAGAAGAAAUGCUCAAAGAUGGCAAUUUUGAUCCAAAUAAACUUAAGAUAAUGGAGUGGAAAGAAAAUAAAACGCGAAACAUAAGAGCUCUUCUGUGUUCACUCAACACAAUUACUUGGGACGGAUGUAAUUGGCAACCAAUAGGAAUGCAUCAAUUGGUUGCUACUAAUGAUGUGAAAAAGUGUUACCGCAGGGCUUGUUUGGCAGUACAUCCCGAUAAAUUGGUCGGCACUGAACACGAAGAGUUGGCUAAACUUAUAUUUAUGGAAUUGAACGACGCGUGGACUGAAUUUGAAAAACAAAUACAAUAAUU